CCCUACGCCAACGCACACCAUCCGCAAACCGUCACCGUGGUCACCACCGAGCCGGCCACCGGUUGCUUCCAACUUCCGGACCGAGCUGGCGACAGUUCCAUCCCGACCGUUGACAACUCUUACAAUACCAGAGUUAACCUUAUUGGCCCGAGGCAUGCGUGCCACCGCGGACCACGAAGCCGGACCUUGACCCCGACCGCGACCUUGAGCGUUUGUCGCCCAGUGCCUCUGACCGGCGCGCCGUCCUCCGCGAGAUGCCCUCCUUCCUACCGGAUGCUACCACGGCAAUCGACUCGCAGUCCUCGGGCACCGUGUAUCUCGACGGUGACGCCGAGUACGCUUUAUCCCAAUCCAAGGUCAAUGAACCUAUCGCCCGUCAGCCGCACUCGCAGUCGCACACGUCAAAUGAUAGCUUCGACGGGAGCUCGGCGAAGUCCACCAGCUCGUCCAUCACCUCAGAGACUUCCCUAGAGCCGGACCAGCAGCUUAGCCGCAAUUUGACUUCCUCCCCUCGGAGUAUGAAUUCGCCGCCGACUGCCAUCGCUGGCGGCGGAGAAAACGGGAGGGACACUGUUGGAUCGGUGACCCGCAAAUCACUGCCACUGGACAACUCUGCGCCGCUCGUCGACCGGACAGUACCAUGUUCGACAACCGGAGCGAGAGGCUGCGGUUCCGCCGGUCACAAACAAAACGACCAUGCUCCAUCACACACCACCCCGACCGCCGAGGAGCUCCUCCCGCAGCAGCCUGGGGUUGAGGUAUAUUUGCAUCCCGUCGCCAAGGGAGACGUCCGCACCGUCGAGAAUGGAUCCCCCCGGCCGCCGGCGCCGGUUGCCAGCUCGCCUGCAUCGGCUGCCCAGCACAGUCCGGCGACGAGUCAGAAAAGCCUGAAACCACCUCAUCGCUACUCGUCACCUCCGGUAUACGACCAAGCUGCUGCAGGCCCCUCGGGCGGUCUGCAGUCGCCGACCGUGCCCGGAACCAGGCACCGGCACACCUUGGAAGUCCCCAAGAUCACACCCGCCGGCCGCGGCUCGCGAGACGGGCCCGAUACAGCCGUUUACGCGAGCGGCAGAUUCUCGCCUACCUUGGCGGCGACCGGCCCGCGCAGGGCGUCGCUCAGUUUGGCUAGGAGGACCACGCGGUCCCUGCACUCGGACGGGCCGCGGGACGAGGUUGUCCCGGACGAAGAUGCCCUGCGGUGGGCAGAGGCGUACAGGCAGAAGCGGGCUAGCAAGAGGAGGCGGAGAGAGCUCGAGGAUGACGACAGGGUGCUGGUCGGCACCAAGGUGGACGAGUCGCACGCGAACUGGGUGACGGCCUAUAACAUGCUGACGGGCAUCCGCGUGUCCGUCUCGAGGACCAACGCGAAGGUCGACCGCCCCUUGACCGAUGCCGACUUCGAGGUCAAGCAGAAGUCGACGUUCGACAUUGCCGGAAAUGAGCUCGUGCCGUCAGCCAAGUACGACUUCAAGUUUAAGGACUACGCUCCCUGGGUGUUCCGCCACCUGCGCGCGCUCUUCCGCCUGGAUCCCGCAGACUACCUCAUCUCCCUGACCGGCAAGUACAUCCUGUCGGAGCUGGGGUCGCCCGGGAAGAGCGGGAGCUUCUUCUACUUCUCGCGGGACUACAAGUACAUCAUCAAGACGAUCCAUCAUGCCGAGCAUAAGUUCCUCCGCCAGAUCCUGAAGGAUUACUACCAGCACGUCAAGGAGAACCCCAACACGCUCCUGUCCCAGUUCUACGGCCUGCACCGGGUCAAGAUGCCCUACGGCAGGAAGAUCCACUUCGUCGUCAUGAACAAUCUGUUUCCCCCCCACAGGGAUAUCCACCAGACCUUCGACCUCAAGGGCUCGACCGUCGGCCGGGACUACAAGGAAGAAGACCUGGAGAAGAACCCGAGGGCGACCCUCAAGGACCUGAACUGGCUGCGGCGGAAGCGGCACCUCGAGCUGGGCCUCCAGAAGAAGCAGCUCUUCCUGGCGCAGCUGCAAAAAGAUGUGCGGCUCCUGCAAAGAUUGCAGAUUAUGGACUACUCUUUGCUGGUCGGCAUCCACGACGUGCAGCGGGGCAACGAGGAAAACCUGAGGGACAAGACGCUGCGCGUCUUUAACCCGGGCGGGAACAAUACGCCCGAGGACUUCGACCCUAACUCUGUCCUCAUGCGGACCCCAUCGAAGCUGGAGAAUCAACGCAAGGCGAGGGAGCUGCGGCAGAUGAUCCAGUCCGAGAAGCCGGUGCCCAUGGGCGAGACGAGCAGCAGGAUGCCGGACGAGCUCGAGGAAGGGCACAGCCGGCCGGGCUUCAUCUUCAACCAAGACGACGGCGGCUUCCGCGCAACGCACGAAGACAACGCACCGGGCGAUGAGAUUUAUUACCUGGGAGUGAUCGACUGCCUUACCCACUACGGUAUCAUCAAGAAGAUAGAACAUUUCUGGAAAGGCCUUUCGAGUGAUCGCAGUCAGAUCUCGGCCCUGCCGCCGCAAGAGUACGGUGAGAGGUUCAUCAACUUCAUCUCCAACGUCACCAUGUCACAGGAGGAGGCUCUCCGAGUGGCUCAGGAGCGAGAGGCCGCGCAGGCCGCCGAGCCGGCUGCUGCCGUGCCGCCUGUUCCGAACUAUCAGCCUCCACUGCCGCCUUCCUCUUCGUCAUUGGGCCAGAGGCCGGCCGAUGCGCAACCGGGAAGGGUGGGCACAAUCGGCGAAGAGGAGGACGUACCCAACAGAACUUUGAGGACGGUGGUUACUGGCCCAACCCCGUCCGGCAAGGCCAAUCACGGUCCAAGCGCUUCGGUAUCAGAGCGAAGGGAGACCACUGUUCUGCCGGUGGUGGAAGAAGCUGCCGAAGGCCCGUCGACCGGGGACCGCAGUCGGAAUAGCCGCGUCAGCAGCCUCCUCACCGAGAGCGACGGCCGGCCAUUGACACCUGCUAAGGACGGCGACGAGAUGGAACCGGGCUUUGGUAACCCGCUUCUCGGUGUCCGUAACGGCAGCAAAGGUAGCAACGGCAUGGCACGGCCGCCGCCUACCCCUCCCAAAACCGGGCAGGGGUUCGAUGGACGAGCGAAGCCGGACAGCGCCGACAGCGGAUAUGGGAUCGGAAGCGGCAGCGGCAGCACCAGCGGUAGCAAUGGCGGCCUCAAGAGCCUGACCGGAUCCCAAAAGUCGCUAAACAUCCGACCCCAGAUCAGCCGCGACAGCUUGGAUAAGGCUCUGCCUCCACUGCCAAAAGCGAGCUCGUCCCGUCCGCACAACGUAUCCUAGUCCGAUAACGUCGUGCUCCCGGCG